GAAAAAUGAAGAGUCGAUCCCUCACCACCAGUUGACGUAAGCAAAAAGUGUGUACAAAGCUAACUGUUGCAGCAGUUAUUUUGAAAUAAUAAUGAUUUAUUUGUCUUGGUGAUAAUAAUGGUGGAAAAUAUGAAAUAAUAUUUUAUUGAAAAGCAAAGUUUCAUUUCAUUUUAUAACUCUUUUCAUUUUUCGUUUCUUUACUCCGGCCACAAAAUGAAUGCCUUUUUUUCCUAUCUUCAUUUAAUGAAAUUUGAUUUUUGUAUUUUCAUUUUCUUUUCUUCAUCUGUUAUUCAAGACAUGAUUAUGACUCAAUUAGUCGAGGAUAAAGUGUGCUUAAAUCAUCUUAAAUUGGACGACAGUUUUUGUGCAAACUUUACAUCUUAUCCUGAUUCAAGUGAAACUCAAGAGAUACUUCGAGUUGCCAAUUCGUUUAAGAACUGGCAAUUUGUUUUCCACAGUAUUCCAUCUUUGAUAAUGUCCUUUUUCAUUGGCUAUUGGCUUGGAAAUUAUCCGAAACACUUCAAGAUUUUCAUCAUUCCAGUCUUUAUUGGGUGCAUUUUCAAGACUCUUGUAGUGUUGAUCAACCUUUUCAUGUUCACUGCUCCAUGGUGGGCUUUGCUGAUAGCAGAUUCACUUUAUUCCUUCUGUGGUGGUGGAUUCUUUUUAUUCAGUGCCAUUUAUUCCUCAAUUUCAUGGGGAACACCAAGUCAUCUUGUAAUCGUACGAUUUGCUGUCAUUGAAUUUUUCGUCAAAAUUGCAAUACUUGGCUCAAGUUAUUCAAGUGGUUUGAUUCUUGCAAUGGACCCAUGGAUCGGCGGUCAGCGGAAAAAUUUUGUCGGAGUUUUGUUGAUCAAUUUGUCCAUUUACUUGUUUGGAUUGAUUUAUGCAAUUUUCAUGAAAACGAGUUUUAUUGUUGAUAAAAAUCCUGAAAAAGAUGAUGCAUCUUUUAUUGAAGCUGUUAAGGAUGUUUUCCGUCUAUCAAGAGCCAAAAAAUGUUUAACUAUUUUUGCCAUUAAAAGACCGAAUCAUGGUCGGCUUCGAUUGAUACUGCUGGUUACUUCAGGAGCAAUUUGUAAUGCAGCAAUCAACAGUGAAGACAGUAUUGCCUACCAGUUUGCCCAGCGUGUUUAUGGACUGACUGAGGAAUCUUAUACAUCAAUGUUGACCCUUGUUUACAUACCACUGGCUAUUGCUACUCCAAUUACGCCUUCGAUUCUCAAACUUUUAGACCUUUCAGAUUCAAGUAUCGCUAUUCUCGGAUGUUUAUCCUUGUCGAUAUUUUUCAUUGUUAGAGGCAUCUUUUUAUCUCUCAAAGGCUACAUUGCUGGAUAUGUUAUGGGUACAUUUGCACGACUUUCAAUGGUUGCUAUUCGAAGUCUUAUCCUAUCUUCUGUCGAUUCAACUGAAUCGGCUCAGAUUUUUACUCUAUCCACUGCUUCUGAAGUGUUUGUUGGAUUAGCUGCUAAUCUUAUGUAUACAUCAGUAUUCAGUUUAACAAUUGCACAUCAACCCGGAGCUGUGAUGCUUUUGGUUGGUCUUAUUAUAUUAUUUCCAUUAGCUGUUAGCUGUUGGAUAAGAUUUGGACAAAAACAAGUGAUACAAUGUAUUUCAAGUGACAGUUACAGUGUAGAGACUCAAUUAAGAUCCCAAAACGUGAUUACUUUAUCCGACCAAAAAACAACUUAGUUUUAUUUUUAAAAUACUUGAUCGAUGAUCCAACUGGACUGAUAAUUACACUUGAUUCCCUCGACAAUAAAGACAAUAUAUAAAGUCAAAACAUGAAAUUUUUGCGUAAAAGUUGUGAACAAACCAACAGGAUUCUAAGGAAAAUUUACACUGUCUGAAAGUUUUGAUUAAACUACAUCCAUAAAAUUAGUCAUAGCAUUAUCGAAAUUCAGGUUACUGAGAAAUUCAAGUUUGAACAGGUGAAGAAAAAAAUGCAGAAUCCGUUUCAAUUGUCAAAAUACAAUGAGUACUAUUGACUUUGAGAGAAAAGUUUUUUGUUUAUUCAGGUUGAUGAUUUAUUAUUUCAUUAGGAGAACACCUUAAUCCAUUUGGUUUGGACUAGCAAAGAUGACUGAUUGAAGAGGUUGUAAUACAUUGUAUAAUUAACCUAGAUGUAACACUUUCAGUCAUUAGUAAUGGUAUUUAAAAGUUAACCCCUUCAAUUGAUGACAUGAAAAAGCUACUUCGUAACCGUAGAUCUGUUUAGACUUGAAAUUGGUACAAAAAUUGAACGAAAAGCUGCAAGUCCUAACUCUUUGUCAAACAUCCUUUGUCACUUAUUUGUAUCGAUUUAACAUGAAAUUUGCCGAAUCAAAUCUUACCUUCCCUAGUAAGAGGUUUAUAUUCAUCCUUUUUGCUUGUAAACCCUCCCUUGAGCCUUUGACCAAUAAAGCUUUACUUUAAACGCUUAAA